UCCGAAAUAAAAAAAUAUCUAUACGUUUUAUUUUAUAUGACGAUACUGAUUAGAAGUGUGUUUACAGAAGGAAUAUUUUUUUACACAAACUAGACAUGUGGUUAUACAGCCAAAUUUCUCUAUAACGCGUUGUUGAAGCAACAUAUUUUAAUUUUUUGAAUUAUUUCGCGAGUCUAUAAUACGCUUUUUUCUUUUAAAAGAAAAAUAAUUCUAACAUAACUAAAUAUAACAAAUAUGCUAGGAAUGUAAAGUAAACAAGACAUUUUAUAUGUAAUUGAAAAGAAUAAUGCAAUCAAAUAAGAUUAGUUAGUAAUUAAUAAACAUAUUAAGCACUUUUAAUCCAUGUAGUUAGUUAAAAAAUAAAUAGGAUUAAGAGGAUAUCCACCUUUUAAGGAAUACCAAAAUAACAUUGGAUUCAUUUUCUCUUUCUGCAAAUUUGAUCAUCUAACUAAAAAAAGAAAGAUAGAAAUGGAGUUUUAUUGAAGUAAAAGUCACUAAUUUUAUCGAGACAUCGCGCUCUUGAAGAAUAACAAUUGCCAGUUCGUUCGUUGUUGAGCUAAGACCACUAAUUUUAUUGAGACAUCCAGCGAAGAAUAACAAAUAGCAGUGCAUUCGUUUUGCCAUUCUGUGUAAAGAAUGAAAGAAAUGGAUUUUCUGAAACAGAAGACCACUAAUUUUAUUGAGACAUUUAGUGAUCUUGACAAUAACAUAUAACAUUGUGCAUUCAUUUUCCUGAAACAGAAGCCACUAAUUUUAUUGAGACAUUUCCGUUCGGGAGGAAUAACAAAUUAACAGUGCAUUCGUUUCCUCUUUUUUUUUUUUUCGUGUAUCGAUUUGAAGAAAGAAAUGGAUUUCUUGAAAAAGAACGAUACAAAAGUGGCAUGUCGAAAUCAGAUUACCAUAAGAAUUGCAUCAAUGUCUAUUUACCUCUUAGGUUUCUUCUUCGCGAUGUUCUUAUGCAACUGUGUUCAUCUUCUUCUGCGUCCAAUUUCCCAGCCUCGUAUCAUUGCAGAAGCCAUCGUGGGAUUGUUACUAAGCAAUCUUGAAUUCGUCCGUAGAAAGUUCUUAAACGACGUUGAAGUCCAGCAGACGUUGAAUUACAUUGUGGAUGCUAUUAUGGUAUGUCACAUGUUUGUCGUCGGAUUAGAAAUCGAUCCGAAUAUCUUCCUACAAGUGACAUUACCAGAGGCAAAAGUUGCUUAUUCAGGUGUACUUACAACAUUUAUAUUAGCAUGUCUCAUAACACCACUACUCAAUAUCUCUAAGCAAUCGAACGGUGUAUUCAGUUCGUGCCUCGCGAUCGUCCUGGCUGGUACAGAUUCGCCUUUGUUAACGCGACUGAUCACCGAUCUCAAGAUUGGUAAAUCAGACAUAGGUAGGUUCAUCGUUGAAGCCGGGAUACAUUCUGAUGUCGUUUCAGUCUUGCUAAUCGCUGUCGGAUUUCUCAUUUUCGAUCCUGAUAAGAACUUCCAGAGCCGUGGCGCGAUAACGAUGAUAAAGAUGAUGGCGAUUCUGGUUUUUCAGACACUGUUAGCAUCAAAGGUGGUACCACCUGUUAUGAAAUGGGUGAAUAAUGAGAAUCCUGAAGGGAAACCUAUGAAAGGUUCGCAUCUGGUCGUUGCGUUAGCAUUUAUAAUCUUGAUAUGUAGCAUGUCACCUCUUGUCAACUUCACUAAAGUCUUGAGUGCAUUUUUGGUUGGAUUAUUUAUGCCAAGAGAAGGAAGAAUAUCAAAAAUGAUGAUUGGAAAAGUGAAUUAUAUAUUUAGGACAGUGUUUUAUCCAUUGUUUUUCUUUUGGGUUGGUACAGAAGCAAAACUUUCUGAAUUUGAAGGUGGUAAAUUGGCUACAUGGGGGAAAAUAAUAGUUCCAUUUGUUAUAUCUACAAUUGGUAAAGUUCUUGGUUGUGUUGUUUCUGGUUAUAUGCUUGGAUUUCAUUGGCCUGAAUCAGUUGCUACUGGAUUGCUACUCAAUAUCAAGGGACAUUUUCAAGUUUACUUAGCUAUUAACGCGUACCGUAUGAAUAUCAUAAGUAUGUCGACAAGUAUUUCCUUGGUGUUUGUAACUUUCCUUACGAUAAUAUACACCCCGGUGGUGGUUGCAAAAAUUAUUGAACGUGCCAGGAGACGUUCUCCAACACAAAAAAUGGCACUUCAAUGGCUCAGUACGCCUAAUGAGCUUCGAAUAUUGCUCUGCAUCCAUAGUCCUCGAGAUGUUUUCUCAGCGAUAAACUUCAUGGAAAUUUCACGAGGGCCAGCAAAUCCGGGAAUCAUGGUUUACUUAACUGAUAUGAUCGAUUUAACAGAUAAAAUAGCAGCAACGUUGACACAAGGCGUUGGUGCUGAUGCUGUGACCGUGACUGAUCCUACUGUAGUUGAAAUGAGAGAGAAGAUUACGAAAGAUGUCAACGCUUAUUUAACUGAGAAUGGCGAAGGCAUUCACUUACAACGAAUGAUGGCGCUUUCUACUCUCAAUAACAUGCAUCAAGAUAUAAGUAUACUUGCUGAGGACUUACUCGUACAUCUCGUAAUACUUCCAUUUCAUAAGAAUCAAGGCGAAGAUGGACGACUUCAAGUUGGUAAUUCAAGCUUUCGCCAUAUCAAUCGUAAGGUUCUUCGAAAUGCACCUUGCUCGGUGGGGAUACUAGUUGAUCGUGGACUUGGAAAAACAGUGAUCACGAGAUCAUCCAUUACCCUCAACGCAGCAGUAAUCUUUAUUGGUGGAAAGGAUGACAGAGAAGCACUUGUUUACGCAGGCCGUGUAGCGCGACACCCUGGAGUAAAACUAACUGUCAUUAGGUUCCUAGUAGAAGCGCCCGGAGACAGCGUAUCAUCAAAGAUAGGUAAAGCGAAAUCGAAUACAACUGAACAAGUAGAAGAAAUGCAGAUAGACGAUGAGUGUUUCGCUGAGUUCUACGACAAACAUGUAGCUGGUGGACGCGUAGCGUACGCGGAGAAAUACCUCGUGAAUUCUGGACAAACGUUUUCGACGUUAAGAUCGUUAGAAGGACAGUAUGGUUUGAUUAUUGUAGGAAGAGCUGGGAGGGUUAAUUCAGUUUUAACAGUAGGGAUGAGUGAUUGGGAAGAAUGUCCUGAGUUAGGUCCUAUUGGUGAUAUUCUUUCUGCUUCUGAUUUCUCAGUAACUGCAUCUGUUUUGAUCAUUCAACAGCACAAUCUUAAAGGAGAAUUAGAUGGACUUCAUGAUGAAUUCUCAAUCAUGUAACAUGUUUUUAUAUUCAUGUUGUUAUAACAUGCUCGCGUUGUUACAAUUUGUUUGUCUGGUUCUAACUUUGCACAGAGUUCAAGAAAUGGCAAAUCGCAUGUGAUGUA